CCGUCCAAUCGACAUACGGCGACGUGCGCGUGCACCUCCCGCGGACGUUUCACGGCCCGCUCGUCCUCAAGGUCACACACGGCUCCAUAAAGUUCUCCGACGCGCUCAGUGGGAAUUUGACGACGUUUGGCGAGGUGGAUGGGACGAGACGGUGUUUUGUCGGUGAUUUUUCGGGAUGGAGGGGGGGUGCGUGGAAGGGUGACGAGGUUGUUGUUGAGGCUUCGCAUGGGAGUGUGAAGGUUGUUUGGGAGGAUGAUUGUGUGGUUGGGGCGGGGAGUGGGAAGGGGCGGACGGGGUUUUUGAAUAAGGUUUUUGGGUUUUGAAAUGCCUUGAUAUCAGACCUGUGUUGUAACUGACUUCCCAACGAAUAUGUGGAUUUUCUUGAUCAUACACGUUUUUCCCGAAAAUAUGGCUGUGGAUUUGGCCUGUGUUGACGCUGUCUGUAUGUUUGUAAUUGCCGCUUGCAUAGUAAGGUCCUGGCGUAACUUUGGCCCUAUGUUUACUCGCCGCAUCACCGCCAUCUGA